UGUGGGGUGUGCAUGGGUUGGGUGCUGGAGCUGCAGGGUGUGCUUGGGGUCUGGGGUGUGUGCAUAGGCUGGGUGCUGGGGCUAGGGGAGUGCAUGGGCUGUGGGAUACAGGAUGCAUGACUGGGAACUGGUAGUGCAGGGGACUGCAGAAUAUGGAAUUGGGGGGCUGGAGGAGUGAAGAGGCAAGGGGGAGUGCCAAGGCUGGGGCCUGGGGGUUUGGAGGGUGCUUGAUCUGGGGUUCUGUAGAGGACUGGGAGGUUGCAUGGUCCUGGAGAGGUGCAGGGUCUGGGGUAUAUGCAUGGGCAGGGAUGCAGAGAUUGGGGAGUACAGGGGACUGCAUAGUGCAGAAGUUGGUACCUGGGCGGGGGGCAGGGUGCAGAGGCUGAGGUCAGGUGUUGCAUGCGGUGAGGGAUGCAGAAUGCAUGGUUGGGGCCUGGGGGUGCAGAGGACUACAGACAUUGGGGGAUGCAGGGCUGGGACCUGUGGCAGGUGCAGGGGCUGGGACUAUAGGGUAAAUGAGGAGGGGCAUAAGACCACAGGAGUGGAGGGGCAGUGGCAGUGACUUUGAGUGCAAGGUUGAGGGACCUGGUCUCCUGCUGGGAGAAGGCCCCCCAGGCACUGGGCCCACCCAUGGCCCUGAAGUUCCACUUGUCACUGGUAGAGCAGCAGGUGGAAGCUGCCAGGACCCUCCUGUUGCCUCCGCCAGGGGCCAACCUGGUGGGUGGAACCUUCCUGAGUUCAUCGGAGCAGAAGCUGAGCCUGCAUGAGCUGCUGCAGGGUCUGGAGCAGGGGUGCCCCCGCCAGCCCACUGCCCUCUCCCCUCUGGAGAACAUGGAGGCCUCUGUUAUCACAGUGGAUGGGCAGCAGGAGGACGAUAUCACUGUGCGGGAGGGCACCGGCCUGGACAGCGCCUCCCUGGACUCUCUGUACAGCCUGUUUUACGGCAAGCCCUGCUGGAUGCCCUUCCAGGCCACUGCCGGUACAGGCACCAGUGCCACCUCUGGCUUGCCUGGGAACCACGACCCCAGCAUGGAGGAGCACCUGGCUGUCAUGUACAAGAAGCUGCAGCAUGAGUUGCCGAAUUUCUUCCUGAAGAUACCGGACUAUGGGAUCUACUCCCAGGAUGUGGAGUUCGUCAACGAGAUCCUGCACAUGAGAACUCGGGGCCGAGCCAUGUACCAGCUGGCACUGGCUCUGUGCCGCCUCGUGGCCUGGAACUACUUCGCCAACAUGCGGCUGGAGGUGCUGAAGCUGACGCAGCACCCCGAGAACUGGAGCAUCCAGGCCCGCUGGCGCAUCGUAGGGCUCCCUUUCCAUGUCCUCAUGCUGCGUUUCUACAAGAGGGACAAGAGAGAGCUGUACAGGACCUAUGAUGCCUAUUCCACUUUCUUUUUGGACUCCAGAGGAUUGAUCCGCUGUCACCGGAUAGACAAGCUGAUGCCAUCCCAGCCGCCUGUGGUCAAGGUGAAGAAGCUGCUGGUGGCCACUCUGGUUGGCCUGGGCCUGUCAGAGCACAGAACCUCUCUGCAGCUGCUCUUAUCUGCCCUGGCUGGCAAACAGCAGGGGGUGCCAGUGGGCUACAGGGACAGCUGAGCCAGCCCCGGAGGAAGUCAGGCUCGGCCUGGAUGUUGUGACUCUUGCAAGUUGAUGUCGCCUCAACGCACAAAGCCUGGCCCGCCGGCUCUGCUGCAUGGUCUGUGCCCUGCCCCCUCCCUGCCAAGCACUGUAAAGAACCACUAUAACUUAACUGUACAUAAUAAAGCCCUGUGGAGAGAUG